CAUUUGUACCUGGUAGUGUUCGUUAGAUGCUGAUUAUUCAACCUACCAGCCUACCAGGGCAGGAGCAAGCCCUCUAUCAAACCAAAACUAGAAACAAACAUAAUCAACAGUCCAUAUUGAUGGAUUACUGCAGUCGCUAUAAAGCUAGGUUAGGGUUUGGAUCCCAAUGAAUUCCGAAGGACGUAAAUAUGCAAAUUUCCCCAGGGGUUCAAGGGCUAGUUCAUGCUUAUUUACAUAAAAUCUAUGGUUAAAUCGCAAGGUGUUUUCCCGAGGUCGAAACCAAUCAAACCAAUGAGUAAAACACACGUGUAACUCACAGCCGGCAAAAUAAGGCCAUCGACAGGACCUCCAGUAGACCAGUGAUUUUGAAAUAAAAACAUGAUAUCUUGAAGUUGGAAGUAAGCAAUGACUCACCCGAGAACGGGGCAACCACUUUUAUUUCAAAGAAAUAAUGCAACCUGCUGGGAUUGCAGUGAUCCUGGGGACCUGGUCAUCUGUUUAUCUUCUUGAUGCAUUCUUAAAGUCAAACAAGUCAACAGCUAGACCAUACAUUGAGUUUUUAGAGAGGACAGGAAUCUCAUUAUCAGUUGGACAAAUAAGAUGGUAUACAAAAUGUCUGAACCGGGUGUUUCUAAGGAUGGGGCAGUGGAAACCAAGAUAUCUUCGGACUUGGUUUACUGCAGGAGUCGUCUUUGGAAUGGUCGCCAUGUUGCUGUCUGUAUGCCUGUUGACACUCAUGGUAUACAAUACCCUAACAAGACAGCACAUAGAGCAACAAGUGUUAACUCCUGUGAUGCCUGGUGUGAAUCUUCCUAUGAACCAAAUCUUCUACUAUCUGCUGACUCUUCUUGUAUGUGGAAUUUUACAUGAAGUAGGCCAUGCAGUGGCUGCAGUCAGGGAGCAAGUGAGAGUAAAUGGAUUUGGGAUAUUCAUACUGGCUGUAUACCCAGGUGCAUUUGUAGAUCUGUAUACAGAACAUUUGCAAGUGAUCUCACCAAUCAGACAGCUCAGAAUAUACUGUGCCGGAGUAUGGCACAACUUCAUUAUUGUUAUUGUUGCACUGCUAGUAUGGUUCCUUUUACCCUGGAUGCUGAUGUUGUUUUACUCCUCCGGUACUGGAGUUGCUAUAACAUAUGUAUUACAGGGGUCAGCAGUGUCAGGUCCAAGGGGACUGGUCACUGGAGACCAUGUAACCAGUAUAAAUCACUGUAGAGUGACCAAUGUGGAGGACUGGAUGCAGUGUAUUGGGCAGAGUAUGAAGGACCCAUCCAGUGGCUACUGUAUGCCAGUAGGAGAGAUUGGAGUACAGGAUGUGUCAUAUAACCAAAAUUAUGUGACUGUCAUGGGAAAUAUAGAGUGCUGUAACAGUACAAGCAGCACUCACCUUUGUUUCUUGUAUCAUACCAAAGCUAGUCCCAAUAAGUUAAAACAUGCCUGCCUGCCUGCACGCAGUACAUCUGAUCGUCCUCCGUGCAGACUGCAGAGUGAUUGCAGAAACCCCAAAGUCGAGACAGCAUGUGUCUACCCCUCACUGGAUAACAGCACCACAUUCCUCAAAGUGUACAGAUAUGGAAAGGCACCUUUGCUUUUUCUGGGUCAUCCACUGGACUUGCAUUAUUCAGUUCAUAUCAGCAACUAUGUUCCUGUGGGGGUCUUCAUACCAUUGAACAUGCCAUAUGUGAUUGAAACCUUUUGUCAAUAUUUAAUAUCAUUAUCCGGGGCUCUAGCAAUAUUGAAUGUGGUUCCAUGUUAUGCGUUAGAUGGACAGUGGAUAUUACUGGCAUUUAUUGAGUACACACUGAGGUCUACCAUACCAGAUAGUGACAUACGUGGGCUAAUCUACUCUGUGAUAAUUCUUUUUGGGACUCUGUUAUUGACAGCUAACAUUGUGAUUGCAAUGUGGACAUUGUUUGCAACUUAGUUUUUGUAAUCCUGAAAUUUUUAUAAUAAAUUUGUAAUCAUGGAAAAGCCAAAGUGGUAAUUGCAAUAUGUGACUCUGUUUUGGCUAAGUUCACACAAAAGAAAAAUAAUUCAACAGAUUUUCAUGAGUACAAACUCUCUCUGCUGCAGUUAGGCGGAUGAACCUUGGGUCAACAGCAUGAACAGGUAGAUGGGAUUUAACUAAAAUUAUUACAAGUCAAUUGUGAGUGUUUUUCUCACAGGAAAAGAAGUUAAUUACAAAUUAUACAAAGUGAGUUGAAUAGAAAAUUAUAUGAUUGAAAAGUGGUACUUCUCUGCUGACUGACGUGCAAUUUGUAAAAUAAUUUGUAAUAAGUAAGCAAUGCCAUGUGUGUGUUACCACAGUAAGUGUUAUAAUUUCAUUGCUUUUUAAUUAUUAACUAAUCAGUCUGUUGAGCUGUUAAUGUGACAUUUAUAACCUUUGAGUGUGGAAACUGCCUUCUGCCAAUCAAAUGGCAUUUUAAGCAUUUUUUCAAACAUUAACAUUUCUCAUUCCUUACUCAUUUAAAAAGAUUCUGUUUACCAUGUAACAUAAAGCCCGACUGCCUGUCAUUAUCAGCCUUCUAGUCUAGAUUUAGCAGUUGUGGAGCAUGAGGCUCCCACUGUGUAAAACUUGAAAACAACAGUACUGACUUGAUGGCUGAGUUGAAUUUUUUCACUGCAGUGUUGUUUCUAGCAUUCUUUUUAUGUACAAAUGUGGAUAUGAACAAUCAUGUCAGCUGUUAGAAUGUUGUAAUAGUUUUAGGAAAUUAUUGUUAUGACCAGAAUGCUUAAAAUGGGUGUAUGUACAUUUAAAGUAAGUUAUGUUAAACUUUGGUGUCAUAGAGGUGGCAGAGAAAUGAAGACAUUAAUCUUGAAUGUUGUAUAUAUAUGGUUCUUAAUGGCCUUUUCAAAAUGAAGAUUAUUUUACAUAUAAAGUAGAAAGAACAAAACAAGUGUAACAUUUCAAAUAUUUCACAAAUGCCAGGUGUAUUUAAGUCAGGUUGAAGACAUUCCAAAUGUUCAUAGUAAAAGUAGACCCAACAUUAUUUCUGGAGUAUUUUGAAAGAUGAUUAAUAUUAGGCUACUCAUCCUGACAGCAUACUGAGCAUUAUCCAAAUAGCAGGCAUGUGUGAAUUGUUUUUAAUUUUAAAAAAAUACCAACAAGCUGGAACUUGGACUACCUGGCAGUCUAAAUUACUUAAGUAUAUUAACUGUGUUCAACAGAGUCAUGUAUCUUACCUUCUCACAGGGAUACUUAAAACAAUUUUUAAAUGGAAGAUGGUGGACCAGCAUAUGUUUGCUCUACCCUCUUCAAAGGUUCUAUCUUUAGUUAACUUAUCUAAAUUGCAUGAAAGUAUUGGAACUGGAUCCCAGUCAGACAUUAAAGGUUAAUAUUGUUUGGCCUAAUUUGUGCAACCAUGUUAAUGGGAUAUUGUGAAAAUAUGGGGACCAUAAUGGUGGCAAUUAUUCCUUGUAAUAGAAGCACUUUUAAAGCUACAGUAACUUUUAUAAUUUGAAUAAAAAUGAAUAUGUUUUAGAA